AUGACUACGGCCUUUCGUGUAUUUCAUCAUGCCCCUCGGCCAAUUCAGAUCAGCGAGUUCAAAGAUGCCCUCGACGCAGUUUGUCGUCCUCGGUUUCCAACCGCUCGCUUUGCGAGGCCGCAGCGUAUAGUGCUGGCUAUCAGUGGAGGGGUAGACUCAAUGGCACUCGCGUUUCUUAUGACCAAAGUUGUUCGCUCAUUCCGCGGCAUGAAAAUCGCGGAUAACCCAGUCUAUGGUGUUCUAGCUCUCGUUGUCGACCACAAACUACGUGACGGAAGCGACCAAGAAGCGGCAGAGGUCGCCAAAGAGUUGCGCAAACUCGACAUCAAGGCCAGUGUUUCUGCUCUUUCUUGGAGAGACGAGAAACGUCAAGGCCUCGAUCCUCGUCAGCUCCCCAAUGUUGAGGGUCUCGCUCGAACCUACCGGUAUCGCGCGCUGGGCCGCUACUGCAGCUACCAUGGUUCCAAUAGUCUUUUCUUUGCGCACCACCGUGACGACCAGUACGAGACAGUACUCAUGCGGUUGCUUGGAGGACAUGGAUACCGAGGUCUGCAGGGAAUAAGGGAGGCUAAUUCGAUACCCGAAUGCUACGAUUUACACGGCGUCUACAAGAGCGGCCUUCUCGACGACCAACUCCGACCAACCCCUGCACUCAGCUUUCGGCCAGCCCUGAAAGAAUUGAAACAUCUACGACGCAGGAUCCGUGACGAGUUGGCCCUUGAAAAGUCCAAUCUCUUGGACGAUAUCCCUCAAGAUCUCAUUCAAUCGUAUCCAGGAUCUGACAAACUCCGUGAACUUCCCGACGUUCCAUACCUGAAGCCCUUGGAAGUUGAGGAUGGCGGUGUCAUGAUAUAUCGGCCUCUCAUGGAAUUUGACAAGGAUAGACUCAUUGCUACCUGCGAAGCGAAUAAGAUCCCUUGGGUAGAAGAUGCAACCAACAAGGACCCUACAUUGACGACACGAAACGCUGUUAGACAUUUGGUUCGAAACCACAUGUUACCGAAAGCCUUGCAAAAGCCUGCUAUCCUCUCUCUAGCUAAGAGAUCGAAACAGAGGACUGAGCUUGAAGAAGCAGAAGCUAGCCGUUAUCUUAUUCGGGAGGCUGUCAUUAAAGACUUUGAUCCAAAUGCAGGAACUUUGCUGGUUCAGUUUCCGCCACUGCGCAACUUCAGCAAACGAUCCAAGAGACGCUCUUUAAACCCCGAUAACGAGCUGCGCAAGGAUCAUCGGAAAGUUGUCAUGACCAUCGCAGUUCGCAAACUGAUCGAUUUUGUCACUCCUGAAUACCAUCUACCGCCCCUCUCAAAUCUCGAAAACGCCGUGAAUACUCUCGUCCCUGGCAUGGCUUCUAACAUCAAUACGACGCCCAAGGGAUUCACCGCCGCAGGUGUGUAUUUCGAUCCGAUCGUCAAAGGAGCAUCCAUCAAAUGGCUGCUCUCCAGAGCCCCCUACACAUCAACCCAACCCCUUCCGGUUGCAAAGCUGUACUUGCCUCCGUCAUACCAACCGCCUCCACCAAAAUUCACAGAGGAGGAGUUCACCGAAGCCCCAGAGUCAUUCAAUCACAAUGGAUGGGCGAGAUGUAAGAUGUUUGAUGGUCGUUUCUGGGUGCGCAUUGGACGUAACAAAUGGCCCAUGUGGCAGGUCCACCCGUAUCGUGCAGAGUAUGCCAAAGCAUUCCGCAGGGCACUACCUCCUUUACGAAGGGCUCGACUAGAGAAGUUGCUCAAACACUACGCGCCAGGCAAGAUUCGAUACACACUUCCCGCUAUCUACGGUGUCGAACGUAAGCGGGAUCCGUAUUCGCAACAUAUCACAACGACGCUGACGCUUCUUGCGCUGCCGACUCUGGGGAUCCGUGUACCUGGCCUUGAGCGGUGGGUCAAGUACGAUGUAAGAUAUAAAAAGGUUGAUGUCUCACUGCUGGGGCAUCACCGUCGGAGGGAGAUAAAGGGGCGUUUACGGGAGUCACAAUGUGGGACAAGAAAUUCCACCAGAAAAGGCCCGCAGGCCAGCGUUGAUUGA